GCCUUUCUAGGGCAGAAGCGAUCGUUGUCUCUGCGCUCUCCUCGCCGCUCUGCGUUCCGGCGCAGGUCAGAACAGGGCCGGGAAGCGAAGCAGCUGGUCACCCUUUAAAAAUGGAAGAAAGCAGCCGGGAAUGACCAAGGCGCCCUUGUCACCUUCGUCAUGUUGGAGGGAUUGGUCGCCUGGGUUCUCAACAAUUACCUGGGCAAAUAUGUCAGUAACUUGAACACGGAUCAACUCUCGGUCGCUCUCCUGAAAGGUGCCGUAGAGUUGGAAAAUUUACCGCUAAAGAAAGAUGCAUUGAAAGAGUUGUUGCCUUUUGAAGUCAAAGCUGGCUUCAUUGGGAAGAUCACGCUCCAGAUCCCGUUCUACCGCCCCCAUAUCGACCCGUGGGUGAUCUCCAUCUCGAAGCUGCACCUGAUUGGCUCGCCGGAAAAGCAGAAGGACUUUGACGAUGAAGGAGAGAAGCUUUUGGAGAAAGAGAACAAGAAAGCUCUUUUGCUGGAGCUGGAAGAGAGGUGGAAAAAAGAACGGGAGCAAACCCCAGAAUCCUAUUGGUAUUCAGUCACUGCCUCUGUGGUCACACGGAUUGUCGAGAACAUUGAAUUAAACAUCCAGGAUGUCCACCUCCGGUUUGAGGACGGCGUCACAAACCCUUCCCAGCCGUUUGCCUUCGGCGUCUGCAUUAAAAACCUCUCGGUGCAAAAUGCCAUCAACGAGCCGGUGGAGGAACGGAUGAAGAAAAAGCAGCUGGACAUUGCAGACUUCAGCAUCUAUUGGGACCCAGGCUGUGUCCUCUUGGGGGACCUGCCGCCCGGGGAGCUGCAGGAAGCGAUGGACCGGAGCAUGGAGAGCGGCUCCCACCGCUACAUGGUGGAGCCGGUGUGCGCUUCUGCGCUGCUCAAACGCAACUGCUCCAAAGAACCCCUCCGGUCUAGGAACGCCCCCCGACUCGAAUUUGACAUCCAGUUGGAGACCAUCCCGCUGAAGCUUUCCCAGACGCAGUACCGCCAAGUCAUGGAUUUCUUGAAGGAACUGGAUCGGAAGGAAAGGCAGCUCAAGUUUCGACGGUGGAAGCCGAAGGUUGCCGUCUCCCAAAACUGCCGGGAGUGGUGGAGGUUUGUGCUGAACGCGCACCUUGCAGGGAUCCGAGAGCGGCGGGAGCGGUCUUCCUGGGCAUUUGCGCUGCAUCGGGCCCGGGACGCCAUUCUGUACACCGAUCUCUACGGCAAGAAGUUGAAAGAGGUGGAGCUCUUCGAAGAGGAGCAGGAUGAAAUGGAGCGCAUCGAGGACGAGCAAACCUUCGAAGAGCUGAAGAUCUUGCGUGAAAUCGUUUACAAGAAGAUCCGAGAGUUGGCCGAGAGCAUCAAGGAGCCCUUGUCGGACGCCUUGGAGGCCGAGUCGGAGGCGGAAUUGGCCUCGGCCGCCACCAGCAGUGGGAGCAGGAGUGGGAUGCUGCAGUACCUCCAGUCCUGGUUCCCCGGAUGGGGAGGGUGGUACGGGGAGUCCCCGGGGGGAGCCAUGGACGCGGCUGACACCUUCGAGGAGCUGCUCUCCGAAACGUCGGAGAAGUGGAGGCCGGAAGAGGCAGCCGAUGAGCUCUUUGACCCCACGGCCGACGUCUCCAACCUGAACGCCUUCCUGAAGCGGGACCACGUCUUGGCCAAGCUGAACCUCCAGCUCCAGGGCGGCUCCGUCACUUUGCUGCACGCCGACGAUAGCGCCUUCAUGCAGCUGGAGUUUGCCGGCGUCACCAUCUUGGCGGAAACUCUCCCGCGCAGGAACUCCUCCCUUUUCAGGGUCCAGCUUGGCAGCCUCUUCCUUCGUGACUUGGCCACCGAAGGCACCAUCUUCCCCGUCCUCGUCUUCCCCAACCCCCAAAAAGAGGUUGGUUGCGCCUCUUCCAUCGGCCUGCAGGCUUCCUCUUCAGAUGCAAAUAAGCAGAGCACUGCCGCUGAUCCCACCGUCCCAGUUUUCGAGAUGUUGUAUGAGAGGAAUCCCGUCCGCAGCCAUUUUGAGCGGCGCCUGGAAGUCAGCACCCAACCACUGAAUAUUAUUUAUAACCCGCAAGCCAUUCGCAAAGUGGCCGAUUUCUUCUACAAGGGAAGGGUUCACACCUCAGGUUUCGGAUGCCAGUCCGAACUGGAGUUGCGAGUAGCGGAAGCCGCGCGGAGGCAGUACAACAAGCUGAAAAUGCAGACCAAAGCGGAAAUCCGGCAAACCAUCGACCGUUUGCUUGUGGGGGAUUUCAUUGAAGACAGCAAACGCUGGACGGUGUGCCUGGACAUCUCCGCCCCGCAAGUCAUCUUCCCUGACGAUUUCAAAUUUGCUGACCCAGUUUUGGUUGUGAUUGACUUGGGGAGAAUGCUGCUUACCAAUUCUCAAGAGGAGCACAAAAAGAAGAGUUCGGGCGGCCCCUCCUCGGAGCUGAGCGACUUCAGCGACGACGAGUACAAGACGCCUCUCGCCACCCCUCCCAGCAGCCCCCCUCCCGAAUCCACGGAGAACAAGGAGUUUGACUUUGCAGGGGUCGAAAUCAGUGAAGAGCAGCUCCAGGCUCACCUGAUGAGCAAAAAAAUGUACGACACUUACAACCUGUCCUUCAUGGACCUUCAGAUCAUGGUCGGGCGUGUGAGGGACAACUGGAAGUACGCACAAGACAUCGCGGUCGGCCCCACCCACGUGGUGGAGAAAUUCAACGUCCACUUACAGCUGGAGCGGAGGUUGAUUUACACGUCGGACCCCAAGUACCCCGGAGCGGUCCUGUCGGGGCACUUGCCGGACCUGAAGAUUCACAUCAACGAGGAUAAAAUCGUGGCGCUGAGCAAUUGCUUCGGGAGGCUGAGCGCGUCCGACUCUGGGACCUCGAGUCCUUCUCAGGCCAGGAAGGAGGCCAGCUCUGCUGAGCUGGACCAACGGGGAAGCUUGCACAGCUCUGUGAUGAACUUGACCCAGAGCGUGAUGGUGGUGGAGCAACACACCAAAGAAGUCCUGGUUGAAUCCCAGCUCCUCCUCGCUGAGUUCCAAGUCAACUGCAUGCAGCUGGGAGUGGAAAGCAAUGGGCGGUACAUCUCGGUCCUCAAAGUAUUUGGCACCAACGCCCAUUUCAUUAAGCGGCCCUACGAUGCUGAGGUCUCGCUCACGGUCCAUGGCUUGCUUUUGGUCGACACCAUGCAGACGUACGGCUCGGAUUUUGACCUUUUGGUGGCUUCCCAUAAGAACCUCAGCUUGGAUGUACCGACGGGGAGUUUGCGGGACAGUCGGACGCAGUCGCCCGUCGGUGGGCCCGGAAAGGCCCGUCCGCUGGAUGGGAAACAUCCCGGUCCGGCGAGCGAGCCUACGGGCCGUUCCGUUCCGCACGACGAGUCCUUGAUCAAGCUAGAAUACCAGUUUGUGAGCACGGAGUGCCCGUCGAUGAACUUGGACAGCUCUCUGCAAGUGAUAUCGGUGCAGAUGAACAACCUGGACAUCAUCCUCAAUCCGGAAACGAUCGUGGAGUUGAUUGGAUUCCUCCAGAAGUCCUUCCCAAAGGAGAAAGACCAUUCCAGCCCUCAGCCGUUGAUGACCGAGGCCGAGAGGCAUCUCAGUGACAUAGAAACCUUCCAGUUCACCCAUUCUCAAAAUACGGAAGUCACCGUGGAUAUCCACUGGUUGAACGUCCUGUUGCUUAGGACCGUCACGGUGAUGAAUGGGGAAAAACUCGGCCGGAAGAUCGCGACGGCGAGCAUCGGCGGCACCAAAGUGAACGUCUCCAUGGGCAGUAAGCUGGACGUCAACGGAUCUCUUGGCUGCCUGCACCUGAUGGACUUGACCCAGGAUGUUAAAAACCAAUACGUUGUGAGCAUCGGGAAUACAGUACGGUACGAGAACCUGAUCCGGAACGUGAGCUGUUUCAAGCCUGCGUUUCUUCAGUUCGAUGAUGCGGGGAACCUUCCGGAUGCUUUGAGCUUCACUUUCGCUGAGCAGUCGAAAGAGGAGUGUUCCCUCCAUCUCAAGAUGGCCUCGCUGCAUUACAACCACUCGGCAAAGUUUUUGAAAGAGCUCGCCUUAUCCAUGGACGAGUUGGAGGACAAUUUCCGCGGCAUGCUGAAGACCGCGGCGACGCGUGUGACCACUGUCCUGGCCACCAAGACCGCCGAAUACAGUGAGAUGGUGUCUCUGUUUGACACGGCGCCGCGGUCAAGGGACCCCUUCAAUUUGGAAAACGGCGAAGGAGAGGAGUUUGUUCCGGCGCGCUCCAAAACGGAGCCCAUUAAACUCAUUCUGAACGUAAACAUCGAGUCCCCGGUCGUGUCGAUACCUCGGAAGCCCGGAAGUCCUGAGCUGCUGGUUGGACAUCUCGGGCAGAUCUCGAUCCAGAACUUUGUGGCAGGAGAAGACAACUUGAGAAACGACCGGCUGCAGGUGGAAAUCCGGGAUAUCCGGUUGUAUUCGCUCAACAGCAGCCAUUUAACAGGGAAGAAGGAAAGCUUGUCAGAGGUGCCGCGCACUUCCUCGGUCGCCGGCGGCGGGAGCGACAGCAGCCAGGACGACCCGCAAUUCACUCGGCAUGACUUCUUUGAAUCCUUACAUAAAGGCCAUGCUUUCCACAUUUUGAACAACGCAACCAUCCAAUUUGAGCUGGAGAAAAUCCCGGUGGAGCGGGACGCCGAGCUGGCUUUUUCCGCGGACGAGGAUGUCGAGAUUUCCAGCCUGAUGCGGAUCGAGGGGAAAUUUGUCAACCCUUUGCAGGUGGUUUUGGCCAAGCACGUUUACGAGCAAGUCUUACAGACUCUUGAUAACUUGGUUUGCAAUGAAGAUUUGACCAAUCCGCCAUCCAGCUUUCCGUCUUCGAAAUGCCCCAGCUCUGAUUCUCCGUCGACGUUACUUGGCAGCACAAGCUCCGAUUUUCCCCUCGAGAGAAAGGAAAACGGGCUCUUCAGUCAUUCCGGCUUCGGCACGCCGACCAACAAGUUUGCCCCUGUCAAGGAAACGGCGCCGUCCUUCACCCAGAUCCAAGCCACCUUCCAUAUCUCUGAGCUCCAGGUCCAGCUCAGUGGCGACCUGACCCUCGGAGCCCAAGGCUUGGUUAGCUUGAAAUUCCAAGAUUUUGACAUUGAGUUUUCUAAGGACCACCCUCAGACCUUAUCCAUCCAGAUUGCCUUACGUUCCCUUCUGAUGGAGGAUCUUCUGGAGAAGAACCCAGACUCGCAGUACAAGAACCUCAUGGUCUCGCGGGGGGCACCCAAACCGUCCGGCUUGGCCCACAAGGAGUACCUGUCCCAGUCUUGCCCCUCGGUCUCCAACGCUGAGUAUCCCGAAAUGCCCCGCUCCCUCCCUUCACACAUGGAGGAGGCCCCAAACGUCUUCCAGUUUUACCAGCGGCCCACGUGGGGCCCCCACAAGAAGCUCAAGGAAGACGAGGGUUUGGGUUGUCCGUUGACGCCUCCCCCUUCUCCCACAGCAGAUGAGUCGCGCCUGCCGUCCGGAAAGAGCGACUUCGACGACUCCUUGGUCCACAUCAACGUCCUGCUGGUGGACAAGAAGCACCCGGCGUUUGCCACAUCGUACGGCAAAAUUAGCCGCAGCGUGGACAUCGACUUCAACUGCUUGGACGUCUUGAUCACCCUGCAGACCUGGGUGGUGAUCCUGGACUUCUUUGGGAUUGGGUCUACCGCGGAAAAUCACAGCAUGAAGUCGCAGCCCGGAGACAUCCAGCUCCCCGUCAAGUCGGAAGCCAGUGCCUCACCCGCCUUGGAGGCACAGGAUAUCGUCAAUACCAAAGUCGACUUGAAGGUCCAUUCGCUGUCCUUGGUUCUGAACAAGGCCACCAACGAACUGGCCAAGGCCAACGUCUCCAAACUGAUCACUCACGUGGACAUGAUUGAAGGGGACCUGUCCCUCCACGGAAGCAUCGGGAGCUUGUCUCUAAGCGACCUGACAUCACACGGAGAGCUUUACAGAGAACGCUUCACCACCAGUGGGGAAGAGGCCUUCAUCUUCCAAGUAUACAAGUACGGCCGGCCCGAUCCUUUGCUGCAGAGGGAUUGCGAUGUGCGCAUCAGCCUGCGCAUGGCGUCGGUGCGGUACGUCCACACGCAGCGUUUCCAAGCGGAAGUGGUGUCUUUCAUCCAGCACUUCACUCAGCUUCAGGAUGUCUUGGGCCGCCAGAGAGCAGCUAUCGAGGGGCAGAUGGUGAGAGACCAGGCACAGCGCGCCUCCAGGGUCCUCUUGGACAUUGAAGCCGGGGCUCCCGUCCUCCUCAUCCCAGAAAGCUCUAGGUCCAAUCAUCUCAUCGUCGCCAACCUUGGAAAGCUUAAGGUCAAGAACCGGUUCCUCUUUGCAGGGACUGCCGGCACCUUCUCCCUCAAAGAUAAGGAUUCUGUUCCACUCUCUUCACCACUGGGAACCCCCAAGCACAGCAUGAAGAAAACCCCGAGCACUGAAGAGUCCAGGGUGGAUGGUCUGUUCAUGAAAUCGUCAUCCUCGGGACCAAAUCUGAAUAGACCGAAAAGUGAGUCCGCAGCAGUCGGUGCGAAUAAACCACCCAAAUCUCCCGCUUUGCCAGCCCCAGCAAGUCCUGAGGAGCACGUCUGUCUGUUAGACUGCAUUGUGGUGGACCUGCAGGACAUGGAUAUUUUCACUGCGGAACGGUUCUCCCGGGAAUAUUCCGAGGCCACGGAAGAGGCCCAGGCUGACCUGACCUUCCCAUCCUUUGUGAUCCGUCAAGCGGGUGGGAGCCUCUUGACCGAACCUUUCCGGCUCAAGCUGCAAGUCGAAAGGAACUUGGACAAGGAGAUAAGUCACAUGGUUCCGGAUAUAUCCGUUCAUGGCAUCCUGUCCUCGGUCCUUUGCUCCCUGGAUCUGGACAAAUACAAGCUGAUCCGAGGGCUCCUGGAGAACAAUUUGGGGGAACCGAUCGAAGAGUUCAUGCGGCCGUACGAUUUGCAAGACCCGAGAAUACACACGGUUCUGAGCGGAGAGGUGUACACUUGCAUGUCUUUCCUCAUCGACAUGGUCAACGUAAGCCUGGAGUUGACGAAUCCGCAAGGGAAGCAUGGCUCCCUCGCCAGGUUUGACUUCAAGAAGUCCAAGCUGCUCUUUGAGAGCUUUUCAAACCAAACCAAAUCGAUCAACUUGGUCUCCCAUUCCAUGAUGGCCUUCGACACGCGCUACGCCGGGCAGAGAGCGACGUCAGGGAUGCCGAAUGUCUUCCAUUGCAUCUUCCAGUCGUCCAAGAACAGCAGUUUGCAGGGAGCCAUCCAGAUUGAGCUGCAUUACAGAUCCACCAAGGAUUCCUCCUUCUUCACGGUCGUCCUGAACAACCUCCGGGUCUUCCUCAUCUUCGACUGGCUGGUGAUGGUGCACGACUUCCUCCGGACGCCGAGCGAGGCGAGAAAGCAGCCCGGCCUCGGCCCUUUGCGGCAGCGCCAUUCCAGCAGCGAGGCGGCCGUGGCGGUGGUCCCCAAGGCGGUCAAGAGCGGCAUCGUCACCAAGCGCUCCUCCCUUCAACUCUCCACCGAAAAGCAACUGGAAGUAAAAAUCAACGUGACGGAUACUGAAUUUGUUGUGGUUGAGGACAUGUCCUGCGCGGACACCAAUGCCAUCAUUCUCAAAGGGACCACCGUUCUCACGUACAAACCCAAGCUGGUCGAUCACCCCUUCUCUGGCAGUUUGUCUGGCAUUGAGGUUUUCUCGUGCCGCCUGGGAAAUGAGCAGGAGACAGCCCUCUCCAUCAUCGACCCCGCGCUCAUCCAGGUGGAGCUCGUGGGCAGCUCUUCCUAUCCGAGUGGGUCGGGAUUGCUGGACGCCUUUAACAGCGAGGACUUCCCACCCAUCCUAGAGAUCCAGUUGCAAGCCCUCGACAUCCGUCUGUCUUACAACGACGUCCAACUCUUCCUGGCCAUUGCUAAGUCCAUUCCUGGCCAGACCGGAAGCAGCAGCACCGCUGGACCUUGUUCCUCACCCUCGGGAACCGACACUUCUGUUUCUUCUUCGGGUUCCACCCGGGCGAAGGAGAUGUCCGGGCUGGCACUGGAAGUCGCGGAGACAUCGAGACACACUUUGGAUCCCGUUCUUGAAGUGCAGCUUGCCCGACUGCAGGAAUUGGGCUUCAGCCUCGACGACUGCCGGAAAGCUCUCCUGGAUUGCCAAGGUCAGCUGAAGAAAGCGGCGAGCUGGCUGUUCAAGAACGCGGAGCCGCUGAAGCGCCUCCCGUCCGACCCAAACGCCCACGACUCCCUCGGCCCCUCCUCGGCCUUGCGCUGGGUCUCCGGCCUUGACAUCAAAGCCGAAAGCAUCUGCAUCUGCUUCAUCGACGACUGCAUGGACUGCGACGUCCCUUUGGCGGAGUUAACGUUUUCACGUUUAAAUUUCCUCCAGCAUCUUAGGACGAGCCCUGAAGGCUAUGCUCAUUUCACGCUCUCCGGAGAUUACUAUAACCGUGAGCUUUCAGGUUGGGAGCCGUUCAUCGAGCCUUGGCCGUGUUCGGUGUCCUGGCAGCAGCAGUCGGCCAGCCGCCUUCACCCUCCGCGGCUGAAGGUGGAGGUGAAAGCCAAGCAUCGGCUGGACAUCAAUGUCACGUCCGUGUUACUCGAACUGUACACCAGCACAAAGCAGUCCUGGAUGGAGGAUUACUGCAAGCACGAGAAUGCGACGGAGGAAACUGAGUCGGAGGAAUGGAUGGGCUCUUCCGUCGAUCCGCCUUCCUUUGGACAAAGCCUUCCUCUUGUCUACCUUAGAACUAGGAGCACAGCCAGUCUGACUAACCUAGAGCACCAGAUGUAUGCUAGAGCAGAAAUGAAGACCCCCAAACGCAGGCAGCCCUUUGUGCCCUUUGCGCUGCGCAACCACACCGGAUGCACCUUGUGGUUCGCCACCUUGACGACAACCCCGACCCGGGCGGCGCUCUCUCACAGCGGGAGCCCCGGCGUGAUCCCCGAGGGGAACGGGACCUUCCUGGAAGGCAUGCACAGAGUCAGCGAGUGGCGCGAAGUCCUUCCCGGGGAAGAGAUCCCGUUCGCGUUCGAAGCCAAAGGGAAACUCAGGCACAGGCACACACACGAUCUCCGCAUUCACCAACUGCAGGUGAGGGUCAACGGGUGGGAGCAAGUGAGUCCCGUGUCGGUGGACAAAGUCGGGAUCUUCUUCCGGUACGCGGCUCCGGACAAGAGCACCUCUUCCUCUACAAUCGGCAGCCCAGUGAACAGAACAAACAUCAUCCAUCCCCAUGUUUACUUUUCUUCAUUGCCUCCAGUUCGAGUGGUGUUUGCCGUCACCAUGGAAGGCAGCGCCCGGAAGGUGAUCACGGUGCGCUCGGCCCUGAUCGUCAAGAACAAGCUGGAUAUCCCCAUGGAGCUCCGGCUCGACAGCCCUUCCGCUCCCGAUAAGCCGGUGGUGCUGCCGUCGGUGAUGCCGGGAGACUCCUUUGCCGUCCCCUUGCACCUGACUUCCUGGCGGCUCCAGGCCCGUCCCAAAGGCAUGGGCGUCUUCUUCUGCAAGUCCCCCAUCCAUUGGACCCACGUCCAGAAGGCCUCCGAGGUCAGCAGCAGCAAGCGCGAGUGCCACGCCAUGGGCUCCGAAAACAGCCGCUUCUUCAGGUUUUGCGUGGCCAUCAAGAAAGAGAAUUACCCGGAUUACAUGCCUUCCAGCAUCUUUUCCGACAGCGCCAAGCAGAUCUUCCGGCAGCCGGGCCACACCAUCUUCCUCCUCCCGACGGUGGUGCUGGUCAACUUGCUGCCUUUCGAACUGGAGUUUUAUGUGAAAGGGACGCCCAUUUCCGGGACCCUCAAGCCCGGCAAAGAGGCCGUGCUGCACACGGCGGACACUGCGCAAAACAUCGAGCUCGGAGUCUCUUUUGAGAACUUCUCGCGCUGUAAGGAGCUGCUGAUCCCUCCUGGGACCCAGAACUACAUUGUCCGCAUGCGGCUCUACGAUGUCAACAAGCGGCUCUUAAACCUCACCAUCCGGAUCGUGUGCCGGGCUGAAGGGUCCUUGAAGAUCUUCAUUUCUGCGCCAUAUUGGCUCGUCAAUAAAACGGGGCUGCCACUCAUCUUCAGGCAGGACAAUGCCAAGAUCGAUGCGGCCGGCCAGUUUGAAGAGCAUGAGCUUGCCCGGAGUUUGAGCCCUCUCCUCUUCUGCUAUGCCGACAAAGAGCAGCCAAACCUAUGCACAAUGCGAGUUGGGAGAGGGAUCCACCCGGACGGGAUGCCAGGCUGGUGCCAGGGAUUCUCACUGGACGGCGGAAGCGGCGUGAGAGCUCUGAAGGUCAUCCAGCAAGGAAACCGACCUGGACUCAUUUACAACAUUGGCAUUGACGUCAAGAAAGGUCGAGGCCGCUACAUUGACACCUGCAUUGUGAACUUUGCCCCUCGCUACCUUUUGGAUAAUAAGUCCAAGCACAAACUCGCCUUUGCCCAGCGGGCAUUUGCCAGAGGACAGGGAACUACGAAUCCCGAGGGCUACAUCUCCACGCUGCCGGGCUCCAGCGUGGUCUUCCAUUGGCCGCGCAAUGAUUACGACCAGCUGCUGUGUGUCCGGCUGAUGGACGUCCCCAACUGCAUCUGGUCCGGAGGCUUCGAGGUCAACAAGAACAAUUCCUUCCACAUCAAUAUGAGGGACACCCUGGGGAAAUGCUACUUCCUGCGGGUCGAGAUCACGCUCAAAGGUGCCACGUUCCGUGUGUCGUUUAGCGACACCGACCAGCUCCCGCCUCCGUUCCGCAUCGACAACUUCUCUAAGGUCCCCAUUGUGUUCAGCCAGCACGGAGUGGCCGAGCCCCGGCUCAGCACCGAAGUCAAGCCAGGCGCCUCUCUGGACUACGCCUGGGAUGAGCCCACCCUUGUGCCCUACGUCACGCUGACCGUCAAGGGGGCCGGCUCCUCCGAGGUCUCCUGCUGCAUGGACAACUUCCAAGACAGCAAGCAGCUCUACUACGAGAACUUCAUUUACAUCGCGGCCGCCUAUACUUUCUCCGGUUUGCAGGAGGAGAGCGGGAGGCCCGUGGCUACGAAUAAAGACGUUGAAUGUGCCGAGCUCGUCCUGGAUGUUUCUUUGAAAACUCAGAGGGUCAUAUUAAAGAAAAAGGAGCCGGGGAAGCGUUCGCAGCUGUGGCGGAUGACGGGGGCCGGCAUGCUGUGCCACGAGGGCUCGGCGGUCCCCCACCCGCCCAACAAGCCCUCUCCGCCUCGCUCCGCAGAAUCCUCCAUGAUCCUGGACAUCGCCGGCCUGGCCGCCGUCACCGAUAACAGAUACGAACCGCUGAUGCUGAGAAAACCAGACCGACGGCGCAGCACCACACAGACCUGGAGUUUCCGGGAUGGGAAGUUGGUUUGCGGCAUGCAUGGCCUCGUGGUCCAGGUGAAAGGAGGCCUGUCUGGGCUGCGCGACGGAGCCGAGGUGGUCCUUGGUCCGGAUACGGCCAUGGAGAUGCUGGGCCCAGUUCCUCCGGGACAGCAGUUUGUGAACCAGAAGAUGCGGCCGGGCUCGGGUGUUCUCGUCGUCCGGGUCAUCCCCGACGGCCCCACCAGAGUCCUCCAGAUAACAGACUUCAACCAACGCAGAAACGAUCGAUUCUCGUACGAAGGGGAAGAGUUGGAGCAAGACCUGCAGAGGCUGAAAAACCCGGACACCGAGCAGGAGUUGGAAGUCCAGUUGAAACUCGAAGGCGGGAUAGGUUUAUCCCUGGUGAACAAAGUCCCUGAAGAGCUCAUCUUUGCGAGCUUUACUGGCAUCAACGUCCAUUUCAUGCAACUGUCGACGAGCCAAGUGCUCGAACUGAGCAUACAGGAUGUGCAGGUGGACAACCAGCUUCUCCGCACGACGCAGCCGUUCAUGCUUUUCCUGACCCCGAAAACGGGCGAAAGCGAAGCCGCCGAGACAGGCCCCGCGGUUCAGUUGAAUGCCAUGAAAUUCCCCAGUAAGAGCCCUUUAACUGAUAUCUACAAGCACUUGAUGAUCACGGCUAGCAAGUUCACCGUCCAAAUCGAGGAGAAACUCUUCCUUAAACUACUGAGUUUCUUUGGCUACGAUCAGGCAGAGUCAGAGGUCGAAAGUUAUGACGAGAACGUCCACGAACGGCCUGCCGACCAAGGCGGAGCCCAGAAACGAUACUACUUCGAAAACCUCAAAAUCAGCAUGCCGCAGAUCAAGCUGAGCGUCUUCACCUCCAGCAAGCUGCCUUUAGAUCUGAAGGCGCUGAAGAGCACGUUGGGCUUCCCGCUGGUCCGGUUCGAGGACGCGGUGAUCAACCUGGAUCCCUUCACCAGAGUCCACCCUUACGAAACAAAGGAAUUCAUCGUCAACGAUAUUCUGAAGCACUUCCAAGAAGAGUUGCUAAGCCAAGCAGCCCGGAUCCUGAGCUCCGUCGACUUCCUCGGCAACCCCAUGGGUCUCAUCAGUGAUGUCUCGGAAGGGGUGACGGGGCUGAUAAAGUACGGAAAUGUCGGGGGGCUCUUUCGGAACGUCGCCCACGGAGUGUCCAACUCAGCCGCAAAGUUCACUGGGACAUUGUCUGACGGUUUGGGGAAGACGAUGGACAACCGGCAUCAGACGGAGCGAGAGUACAUCCGAUACCACGCAGCGACCAGUGGAGAGCAUUUGGUGGCUGGCAUCCAAGGACUGGCUCACGGUAUCCUUGGCGGCUUAACCAGCGUCAUCACCUCGACGGUGGAAGGGGUGAAAACGGAAGGCGGCGUCAGCGGCUUCAUCUCCGGCCUCGGGAAAGGCCUCGUCGGGACCGUCACCAAACCGGUGGCCGGCGCGUUGGAUUUCGCCUCCGAAACGGCCCAGGCGGUGAGAGAGACGGCCACGCUCACCGGUCCCAGGACGCAAGCGGAGCGGGUGCGGAAGCCGCGGUGCUGCCGGGGUCCGCAAGGGCUCCUUCCCCGAUAUUCGGAGAGCCAAGCCGAAGGGCAGGAGCUGCACUACAAACUGACCGACAACGUACAGGAUGAGUUCUUCAUCGCCGUGGAAAACAUCGACAGCUACUGCGUAAUCAUCACCUCCAAGGCCGUCUACUUCCUCAAGAGCGGGGACGCCAUGGACCGGGAGGCCAUCUUCCUGGAGGUCAAGUACGACGACCUCUACCACUGCCUCGUCUCCAAGGACCACGGGAAGGUCUACGUGCAGCUGACCAAGAAGGCGGUUAACUCCAGCAGUGGCGUCGCCAUGCCAGGCCCGUCCCAUCAGAAGCCCAUGGUCCACGUUGCGUCCGAGGAGCUGGCGGUGAAGCUGUCUCAGGAAAUCAACUAUGCAAAAAGCCUCUUCUACGAGCAGCAGCUGAUGCUGAGGCCCAGCGAGCACCAAGAACAACUGGAGCUCGACGCCUGAGAUGAAACGAGCAUCCAGAAAACAUCCGGAAUAUUUCUCGGGUGUCGGAAUAGAUCCGAAAUAUUUCUCAUGAACCCGGAAUGGAUUCGGAAUAUUUUUCAGGUGUCCGGAAUAGAUUUGGAAUAUUUCUCGAGUGUCCAAAAUAGGUCCAGAAUAUUUUUCAGGUUCCCGGAUUAGAUUCGGAAUAUUUCUCAGAUGUCUGAAAUUCAUCCAGAAUAUCUCUCAAGUGUCUGAAAUAGAUCCGGAAUAUUUUUGGGUGUCUGGAAUAGAUUCGGAAUCUUUCUUGAGUGUCCAGAAUCGAUCCAGAAUAUUUCUCAAGUGUCCGGAAGAAAUUCGGAAUAUUUCUCAAGAGCCCGGAAUAGAUUCAGAAUAUUUUUCAGGUGUCCGGAAGAGAUUUGGAAUAUUUUUUGGGUGUCCGGAAUAGAUCCGGAAUAUUUCUCAGACGUCUGAAAUAGAUCCGGAAUAUUUCUCAAGUGUCUGAAAUAGAUCCAGAAUAUAUUUUUGGGUGUCCGGAAUAGAUUCUGAAUAUUUCUCAGACGUCUGAAAUAGAUCCGGAAUAUUUUUGGGGUGUCUGGAAUAGUUUCGGCAUAUUUCUUGGGUGUCUGGAAUAGAGCCGGAAUGUUUUUCGGGUGCCUGGAACAGAUUCGGAAUAUUUCUUGGGUGUCCGGAAUAUUUCUCGGAUGUCCGGAAUAGAUUUGGAAUUUUUCUUGGGUGUCCAGAAUAGAUCCGGAAUGUUUUUCGGGUGCCUGGAACAGAUUCGGAAUAUUUCUUGGGUGUCCGGAAUAUUUCUCGGAUGUCUGGAAUAGACUUGGAAUAUUUCUUGCGUGUCCGGAAUAUUUCUCGGAUAUCCGGAAUAGAUUCAGAAUAUUUCUUGGGUGUCCAGUAUAGAUCCAGAAUGUUUUUCGGGUGCCUGGAACAGAUUCGGAACAUUUCUUGGGUGUCCGGAAUAUUUCUCGGAUGUCCGGAAUAGAUCCGGAAUAUUUCUGCAAUCUUAUAUAACUUGAAGAGACCCCAGUUUUGGCACUUUUUACGCACAAAAGACUCCUUUGGUAUACAUUCAGCCCUGUAUUUUCUUACUGUUUUGUGUGUCUGUAUAUAUACAUACCUCUACAUAUAUAUAUCUCUCUAUACAUACGUAUAUAUGUAUAUGUGUGUACAAUUGCGAUAUGUGUAAAUAAGAAAAGGGCACAGGGUUUGGCGGAAGUGUAUAAAGGUCUAUCCUGUGGAA